CUUCUAGGUGCUGCUGUCGGGGCUUAUUGGUGUCGUCUCCUGGAAGAGGCCUCUCUCCCUCGUGAUAACCUUUUUCAUGCUGCUUUCAGCAGUGUGUGUAAUGCUGAAUUUGGCUGGUUCAAUCCUCUCCUGUCAGAAUGCUCAGCUAGUCAACUCCUUAGAAGGCUGUCAGUUGAUUAAGUUUGACAGUGUGGAGGUGUGCGUCUGCUGCGAGCUGCAGCACCAGUCAUCCGGCUGCAGCAACCUCGGCGAGACGCUGAAGCUGAACCCGCUGCAGGAGAACUGCAACGCUGUGCGGCUGACCUUGAAGGAUCUCCUCUUCAGUGUGUGCGCCCUCAACGUUGUCUCCACCAUUGUGUGUGCGCUGGCCACAGCCAUGUGCUGCAUGCAGAUGGUCUCCUCUGAUGUCCUGCAGAUG